CUCUCUUUCUGGCUAUUCUAAUUAGUCUUCAUGCUUCCUCCAGAUUUAAACUCCACCACUGCAGCGAAGUGGAACAGUGGGCGCUCUGCUCCAGCACUCCUGGGUCCAUGCUCCACCUCCCCCUAUCCCUAACUGGUCCUGCCACCGGUCCCUCCGCCCUCCCCAGCCCCUGAUCCAGCUGGUACCCAAAGCUGCCCCCACCCGCAGCCGAGCCAUGGGCUCUUCCCACUCGAUGUCAGAGGAAAUCCAAGAUCUCGCCCACAAGACCGGCUUCACUACGGAUCAGAUUGAGAACCUGCAUCGGCGAUUUAAGCAACUGAGCGGAGACCAGCCAACGAUCCGCAAGGAGAACUUCGAUCGGGUGCCCGACUUAGAAUUCAACCCAAUUCGGUCCAAAAUCGUCCAGGCCUUUUUUGACAAGAGGAAUCUGCAGGGAGCCUCUGAGGGGUUUGUUGACGAAAUCAACUUUGAGGAUUUUCUGACCAUCAUGUCCAAUUUCCGGCCCAUUGAGUUGAACAUGGACGAAGAGCAGCUGGCACGUUUCAGGAAGCAGAAGCUGAAAUUCCUCUUCCACAUGUAUGAUGCAGACAGCGACGGCAAGAUCACCUUGCAGGAAUACAGGAAUGUGGUACAACAGAUGCUUUCGGGAAACCCCCACCUGGAUAAGGAGUCAGCGAGGUCCAUAGCAGAUGGAGCCAUGAUGGAGGCAGCCAGCGUCUGCGUGGGACAAAUGGAGCCAGAUCAAGUCUACGAAGGGAUCACGUUUGAUGACUUCCUGAAGAUAUGGGAAGGGAUCGACAUAGAGACGAAGAUGCACGUCCGCUUCCUCACGCUGGAACCCAUGGCGUUUUGCUACUGACCGCGCAGAAGCUGGAGACGGGGGAGGCUUCGGAGGACACGGCAGGGAGCUUGGGUGGGCGGGCAACGGGGCUCUUGGAGCAGCUGCCACGGAUCAACACAUCCAGACCAGCCACGUGGAUUCUCCUCGGAGUUACAGACAAACGCUCCGUUCCCCAGUAAAAGGACCUCAGUUUUGACUGAACGUUGUGCUUAGUGUAUUUGUGUUGUUUUAUGGAUGUUUUUCUCCUAGCUUCCUGGGAUGAGUUUAGAAGCCCACCGGGGGCUUUAGCAACACCCGAAGGCCCUGCUCCCCCAAACACCAACAGGACCCUCCGAGUUAGAAGGGGGGCCUCACUGGCCACGGUAAGUUUUGGGGCGAAUGAGUAUAUAUAUUACUAGGUUUUAUACAGUAGUAUAUAUAGGCAUUCUCCUAUAUGCAUAUUAGCAUUAUUAGUACAGAUAGUUCUAUUUAUAUACUAAAAUAUGCUAAUAUGUAUAUAUGUACACAGAAGGGCAUAACUUGGGUAUGACUGGAGUACACUAAAUAUGCUAACAAGUCUGUGUACACGUAUAUACGCCCCACUAAUAUAUGGCAAUUUUUUCAACCACAUGCUAAUGUGUACAUACUGUAUUACUGUUCUGUAAAUAUGUGCAUAUUAGCAUGUGAUUAAUAUAUUAGCAUACAUUAGAGUGCAUGUGCAUGACCUACAUGUACUCUAAUAUAUGCUAUAUCUAUGGUAAUGUAUUUCAAACACGUGUCAAAGCAUAUUGGCACGAAUUAGUAUACUAAUAUGUGCUACUCUAUUAUAAUAUAUGCAAAUAUAUUUUGAAUAUAUUUUUAAAAAUCGGCACAUAUGAAGUAUGCUAGUUUAUACCAACAGCAUAUAUUAGAUCUCUAAUAUAUGCUAAUAUAUAUUGAGAUAUUCAAACGUAGUUUGAAUAUAUUAAUACCUAGUGGCAUAUAUCAGAGAAUCCAAUAUAUGCCAAUAGGCUUUGGCAUGUGUUUGAAUAUAUUACCACAGAUUAGCAUAUAUUAAAGUGCAUGUAAGUCAUGUCUCUGCAUGCUAAUAUAGGCAUAUUUAUUUAUAUGUUAGUUGAACAUGUUAGGGCAGGGGGCUGUACCGUUCUGCACACAGACCUAUUUCAAGUACAAUCUCCAACGAUUAAUAUCCACACACACAGGGUGUUUUUUUUUUUUCUCCCCCAGCCCAGGUUGCCAAGU